ACCCCAAUCACUGAUCUGGUCAUCCCCCUUCGACCUUGCUUCGUCUCGCCACCCACACAAUCACAGCCUCUACUCAACGCGUCCCAACACGAUCAGCGAUCCGAUCCGCGCACCCAAAGAUGCCGCUGGUCAUCCCGGAUCUGUCUUCUGUCACCUCCACAAUCGCACAUCAGGCUCGAGGCAAUGGCGCCCAGGGCGCGAACGGCGCGGGAGGAGGAGCAGGUGUGAAGUCUUCUCAGAUCACGCUGGAAACGCUUCGAGAGUUGGAUCCCGCUACACUGAAUGGCGAGAUAGACAGGGUAGCCCACAGCAUAUCUCAUCUGGAAAGAUCAAAUGCGCAGAUUCAGCAAUUGCUCCAUCAGACUGGUCAGCAGGGCGAAGGCACGGCAGAGGGAGACGAUUUGGACGAGGAUGACAGGAGAGAGUUGCGAGUCGCGAUGGAAGAGAAUGAGGAGACCAUGUGAGUUUGCCUCUCACCUUCGUGCGCUGUCGAGGACGCUCCUUCGAUGCAAAGGCGCACCCGUGGCGCUC